GACCUGCAGCCACUACCUCUCGUCUCUCUCACAUCAGCCGCCGCCCCCUUCCUCCUAGCUUCCGCCGCCGCCCCCUUCCUCCCGCCGUCCACCGCCGCCCCCUUCCUCCCUCAUAUCUCUCGCGCGCGACGAACGCAGCCAAUCCCUCUUCUCUCGCGCGCGCGACGAACGCAGCCAAUCCCUCUUCUCUCGCGCGCGCGACGAGCACAGGCACUCCCUCAUCCUCUUCCUCUUCCAAGCUCGUCGGCGUCGCCUCCGUGCGCGACGAACGCCCCCCGCCACUCCCUCAUCUUCUUCCGCGUGCGACGAACGCCCCUGCCACUCCCUCAUCCCCCGCGCGCGACGAAUCAUGGAUGGCCAUCACAGCUUACGUGAUUUUCUCUCCCAAGCCGGCUCAUCCUCUGCACCGAGGAACCUCCCCAUCCCCAUCCACGAAGUGCCGGAGGACAACGAGUUCGACCUCUUCUCCCCAACCCACUUGAUUCAUUCCUCAUCGAUGAACAACUCUGCUCACCGGAUUCGGAUGGAUCAACUCGAUCUGAACCACCAGGGCACUGAGUUUCCCCACUUCAGUUCGUAUCAGCAAGUUCUAGAGACCGGUGAACCAACAAACAACCUAGGAUUUUCAGAUUCGUGCAUUAGAAUUGGCCGCACUCCAUUCCAAACAACCAGAUCUACUACUGGAGGCAUGAGAGGAAGAGGAAACAUGCCUCUAGUUCGUGGUCGAGAUGCAUCUAGAGGUAUUCGUGGAGGAAGGGGGAGGUCCAGAGGUUUCCGAGGUAGGAGUGGUCGUGGUGGUAUCUCUGUUCCUGUUGAACAUUUGGAGGAUGAAGCAGAAACUGAAUCCGAAGCUCGUUCAGCUGUGCCUCAGUUUGACAAAGCUCUUUGGAAUGAAGAAAACACACAAAUUUUCUGUGAAUUAUGUGUUGAACAAAUUAGAGCUGGAAACUGCAGCAAUGGUACAAUGUCAACAAGAGGAUAUAACAUCAUCAAGGAAGAGUUCUUUUCUAAGACAGGUUUAAGACAUGACAGAAAACAAUUUAAGAAUAGGUGGACUCAAUGCAAAAACAUGUACUCGUUCUGGUUGUUCCUUAACAGUCAAAGUGGUCUAGGUAGAAGAACUGAUGGUACAAUUGUAGCCUCAGAGUCCUUUUGGAAGAUUCACACUGAGAAACGUACUGAAUGCAGGAAGUUCCAGUAUGGGGUUCCCACAUAUAUGGACCACUUAGCUGAGAUGUUCCAUGGCAUUGUUGUUGAUGGGUCUAAUUCUUGUAUCCCUGGUGAUGCUCAUGGACGCCAACAAGAAAUAUGUGAUGAAGAACAAGGAGAAGUUGAAUCUGGGGAAAGAUUUCUUAACUCUUCUACUCCUAGUAGUGGUCGCAAAAGGUGUAGUAGCACAACAGACACAGCUAGUAGCCCACCUAAAAAACUCAAACCGACUAUGUCUAAGAUGUUUGAAGGAUUAAUUACAGAAAUGCAAACAGCAAGAAAUGAGGACACUGAAGUAUUUAACCAAAUUAAAAACUACCAGUUAGAAAAAGAUUCAUCAGACAUGGAUGACUUUUCUAUCUGUUUGAGCUUGGCAGAGGAAAGUGGAGCUGAUAAAGAUUCAAAUGAAUACUACAUGGGAACCAAGUUGUUUAAAGACAAGUUUAACAGAGCCACCUUCCAUCGUUUUGACACUCCACAACAAAGGAUGAAGUGGCUGCAGAGAUGA